AUGACCAAUCUAGCACCUAUCCAACAAAAUAAUUUCGAAUUCCCAUUCGCUAAAAGGUGGUCUUCACUUGGAAUGAAUUACGACAACUGUCCCCAUUUCAGUAUCACCCAGUACAAAAAUCUUAUAGAUCAUUUGGGUCAAGAUGAUUUCAUUUGGCGACCAUAUCUUGGUCUAGAAAAUACUAAAAUAUUUGUGAGUUAUCAAGUAGAAAUACUUACAUAUGACGCGAUGUUGUUUGGUGUUCCUCGAUGCGUUUCACCCAUUGUUAACAGAGACAUGACUUCUAUAGUGAAAUUUGAGGGGAAGUAUUGGGAGAAUUUGAAUUGUUGA